ACAUCGAUCAUAAAAUCCAAAGUAAACUCUAGCUUAACCACUAAGCACACUUCCCAAUCCACCAUGUCGUUUCCCUUCAACCACCACCACCACAGCCACCACCACCGCCGCGACGACGACGACGAACGACCCUCCGUUUACCCUCCCCCGGGAAACUCCUUCAUCGACCCUCCUCAGCCUCAGCCACCCUUCUUCGGCGCCCCCCCGCCGGAGACUCACGUGUUCCAUACCUCUCACGUGUCGUCGGACUUCAAUUACUCCGCUCCCCCUCCUCCGGGGCCUCCUCCGCCUCACCAUCACGAACCCGAUCACUCCUUCGGCCACGGUUACGCCCCUGCUCCCGCUGCACCUGAUUACUCCCCCUACGGCACCUCCGUGCGCCACGUGUCCCACGAGAGCCACCACCACACCCCCCAUUUCCCUGUCUCUUCUCACAACGCUCCCGCCGCCACCGUUCACCACGUCAGCCACGAGGUGAACACCGCCGUCUCCGCCAAACCCACCGUCAGGGUUUUCACCAAAGCAGCGCCCAAUUUCUCUCUCACCAUUCGUCGUGGCGAAGUCAUCCUCGCACCCUCCGAUCCCACCAACCACUACCAGCAUUGGUAUAAGGAUGAGAAGUACAGCACGAGGGUGAAGGAUGAAGAGGGCUGCCCUGCUUUCUCUUUGAUCAACAAGGCAACUGGUGAGGCCUUGAAGCACUCCAUCGGAGCCACUCGUCCUGUUCGGCUGAUACCUUACAAAUCAGAUUAUCUUGAUGAGUCUAUUCUGUGGACUGAGAGCCGGGACUUGGGUGAUGGGCACAGAACUAUAAGAAUGGUCAAUAAUAUUCGUCUUAAUGUGGAUGCUUUUCAUGGUGACAAGAAUUCUGGAGGUGUGCAUGAUGGCACUUCAAUAGUCCUCUGGGAGUGGAACAAAGGUGAUAACCAGCUGUGGAAGAUCGUACCCUAUUGAGUACAAGUGGCUUAGAAGAUGCAUCAAGUUGAGAGGACUGUUGGCACUUCUAUUUGAGUGGUUUGGAUUGUGCUCGUAUGUUUUUACAUACGGGUGUUGUCUAGAGUGUGAAUGGUGUGUAGUGCAUUUACUGAUACCAGGCAACCAGCAUUUUUCAAUAGAAUAAGUGUUUAUCUAUUACAUAACAUACAAGUGACACUUGUUAUUGUGCUGAUUUCCGUAUAUUAUUGGUAUGCAGUUUAUGUGCCUCUUUAUAUCAUAAUGUGAUUCAGUGUGAACAAUUACUGCUGCCUGUUCAUACAUCUUUCA